AUGGGCCUCAACGCCACCAACGACCCCUACCGAUGGCGUAAAGACACUGGUGGGCUGCGCCAGAGGCUCUCACAUCCCUUCAGGGGCAUGUACCACGAUGUUCGCCGCCGCCUCCCGUACUACUGGUCCGACAUCAUGGACGGCUUCAAUUACCGUACGUUCGCCGGCACAGUUAGGAUCUACUUCGUCAACCUGCUCCCAGCCCUGGCGUUUCAGCUCGACAUGGGCCACAACACCGAUGGAUUCUUCGGUAUCAAUGAGGCUCUGCUGUCAUCGGUCAUGGCUGCUGUGGUCUUCAGCCUUUUCAGCGCCCAGCCCCUGACUGUGGUCGGCAUUACCGGUCUCAUCUCCCUCUUCAACUAUACAAUCUUCCACAUCAUCGAGAUGUACGACGUGACCGUCUAUCCUCGUUUCAUGGUCUGGGUCUCCAUCUGGGCCGGCAUCUUCCACUGGGCCGCCGCCAUCUUCAAUCUCUGCGACUACAUGCGCACCAUCACCGACUUCUCCUCGCAGACUUUCGCCCUCUACGUCGGCACCAUCUACAUCAUCAAGGGCGUCGAAGAGCUGUCCGUCAACUUUUACGACGAACGCUACCUCAACGGCUUUGCCUCCGCCCUAAUUGCCGUCCUCUACACGCUGUCCAUUUACUUCCUCGAAAAGGUGCGCGACACCACGUUCGCGCGUCCUUUGCUCCGCCAGCUCCUCUCCGACUACGCCUACCCCAUCGCCACCAUCUUCUGGACAGGCUUCGCUCACUUCCCAGGUAAUCUCUCACGCGUCGACUUCCUCCAUCUCCCUACCACCCGCGCCUUCUACCCAACCGUGGACCGUCCCUGGGUCGUCCCCUUCUGGACAUUAUCCCCACGGUGGAUCUUCGCCGCCCUCCCCUUCGGGCUCCUCAUGACCCUCCUCUUCUACUACGACCACAACGUCUCCUCCCUUACAGCACAAGCCCGCCGCUUCCCCCUCACCAAGCCCGCCGGCUUCCACUGGGACUUCUUUCUCCUGGGCUGCACCUGCUUCGGCGCCGGCGUGCUCAACAUCCCUCUCCCCAACGGCCUCGUGCCCCAAGCGCCCGUGCACACCGACGCCCUAACCACCUAUGCCGAGCACGUCAACGACAUCCGCACGACCAAAUCCAUCGCCGACGCCGACGCCGCCCCGCCCGUCAUCACCGAGCGCGUCACCACCGCCGAGCGCGUCGCCCAGCAGCGCAUCAGCCACUUCCUCAUGGCCCUCGCCCUGCUCGGCACCAUGACCGGGCCCCUCCUCACCGUGCUGGGCCUCAUGCCCCGCGCCAUCUUCUCCGGCGUCUUCUUCAUCGUCGGCUGGGGCAGCAUUGCCGACAACGACAUCGUCGCCCGUCUGCUCUAUCUGUGCCAGGAACCCCGGUUUCGCCAGCCGUACCACCCGUUGCGGCGCGUCAAGAAGCGCGUCCUGGCGCAGUUCGUGGCCUGGCAGCUGGCUGGAUGGGCGGCGAGCGUGGCGGUCAGUCAGACGGUUGGGGCCGUCGCGUUUCCCGUCAUUAUUACGGCGUUGGUGCCGUUGAGGUGGGUGCUGUUUCCCAGGUGGUUCCGUCGUGAGGACUUGGAGGUGUUGGAUGGCUUGACGGCUACGGGGGAGGUGGUGCAUGUGAGUCUUGGGGGUGUGCCGGAGAUGCCGGAGGUGAGGAUGGAGAGGGUCAGGGAGGGGAGGAGAAGGAGUGAGGAUCCCGAGGGGGUAGCGGGGACGAGGAGUGGAAAUGUGUUGGAUGAGAUUGAGAAGCGGCGGGGGAGAAGUGGGGAGCCGGAGCCGGAGGGGAAUUGGGAGGGGCAUGAAGUGGAUGGGCAGUCGGGGGAGGGGGAUGGUGGAGGUGUGAAGCAGAGAACGAACAGGAGGGCGACGGACGGGGGCGAAGGAGCUUCGGAGAGGGAGGAAGAGAGUGAUGAUACGCGCGUUGGCCAGCAGGAAUAUAACUCUCGGUGUUGA